ACAUACAGCUAGAAAGCUGUAUUGCCUUUAGCACUCAAGCUCAAAAGACAACUCAGAGUUCACCAUGGGCUCCAUCGGCGCAGCAAGCAUGGAAUUUUGUUUUGAUGUAUUCAAGGAGCUCAAAGUCCACCAUGCCAAUGAGAACAUCUUCUACUGCCCCAUUGCCAUCAUGUCAGCUCUAGCCAUGGUAUACCUGGGUGCAAAAGACAGCACCAGGACACAGAUAAAUAAGGUUGUUCGCUUUGAUAAACUUCCAGGAUUCGGAGACAGUAUUGAAGCUCAGUGUGGCACAUCUGUAAACGUUCACUCUUCACUUAGAGACAUCCUCAACCAAAUCACCAAACCAAAUGAUGUUUAUUCGUUCAGCCUUGCCAGUAGACUUUAUGCUGAAGAGAGAUACCCAAUCCUGCCAGAAUACUUGCAGUGUGUGAAGGAACUGUAUAGAGGAGGCUUGGAACCUAUCAACUUUCAAACAGCUGCAGAUCAAGCCAGAGAGCUCAUCAAUUCCUGGGUAGAAAGUCAGACAAAUGGAAUUAUCAGAAAUGUCCUUCAGCCAAGCUCCGUGGAUUCUCAAACUGCAAUGGUUCUGGUUAAUGCCAUUGUCUUCAAAGGACUGUGGGAGAAAGCAUUUAAGGAUGAAGACACACAAGCAAUGCCUUUCAGAGUGACUGAGCAAGAAAGCAAACCUGUGCAGAUGAUGUACCAGAUUGGUUUAUUUAGAGUGGCAUCAAUGGCUUCUGAGAAAAUGAAGAUCCUGGAGCUUCCAUUUGCCAGUGGGACAAUGAGCAUGUUGGUGCUGUUGCCUGAUGAAGUCUCAGGCCUUGAGCAGCUUGAGAGUAUAAUCAACUUUGAAAAACUGACUGAAUGGACCAGUUCUAAUGUUAUGGAAGAGAGGAAGAUCAAAGUGUACUUACCUCGCAUGAAGAUGGAGGAAAAAUACAACCUCACAUCUGUCUUAAUGGCUAUGGGCAUUACUGACGUGUUUAGCUCUUCAGCCAAUCUGUCUGGCAUCUCCUCAGCAGAGAGCCUGAAGAUAUCUCAAGCUGUCCAUGCAGCACAUGCAGAAAUCAAUGAAGCAGGCAGAGAGGUGGUAGGGUCAGCAGAGGCUGGAGUGGAUGCUGCAAGCGUCUCUGAAGAAUUUAGGGCUGACCAUCCAUUCCUCUUCUGUAUCAAGCACAUCGCAACCAACGCCGUUCUCUUCUUUGGCAGAUGUGUUUCCCCUUAAAAAGAAGAAAGCUGAAAAACUCUGUCCCUUCCAACAAGACCCAGAGCACUGUAGUAUCAGGGGUAAAAUGAAAAGUAUGUUCUCUGCUGCAUCCAGACUUCAUAAAAGCUGGAGCUUAAUCUAGAAAAAAAAUCAGAAAGAAAUUACACUGUGAGAACAGGUGCAAUUCACUUUUCCUUUACACAGAGUAAUACUGGUAACUCAUGGAUGAAGGCUUAAGGGAAUGAAAUUGGACUCACAGUACUGAGUCAUCACACUGAAAAAUGCAACCUGAUACAUCAGCAGAAGGUUUAUGGGGGAAAAAUGCAGCCUUCCAAUUAAGCCAGAUAUCUGUAUGACCAAGCUGCUCCAGAAUUAGUCACUCAAAAUCUCUCAGAUUAAAUUAUCAACUGUCACCAACCAUUCCUAUGCUGACAAGGCAAUUGCUUGUUCUCUGUGUUCCUGAUACUACAAGGCUCUUCCUGACUUCCUAAAGAUGCAUUAUAAAAAUCUUAUAAUUCACAUUUCUCCCUAAACUUUGACUCAAUCAUGGUAUGUUGGCAAAUAUGGUAUAUUACUAUUCAAAUUGUUUUCCUUGUACCCAUAUGUAAUGGGUCUUGUGAAUGUGCUCUUUUGUUCCUUUAAUCAUAAUAAAAACAUGUUUAAGCAAA